GCUCCCACCUGUUCAACCCUUCAAGCCCCUCAGGGCUGUUCUUCUCCUCGUUGGGGUUCUCCCUCUCCAGCACCUCUCUCGCCCUCACUCCGAGUGCUGGUGCACUGACCUCCCCACCCUCAUUACACCUACAGGCUCCCACCUGUUCAACCCUUAAGCCCCUCAGGGCUGUUCUUCUCCUCGUUGGGGUUCUCCCUCUCCAGCACCUCUCUCGCCCUCACUCCGAGUGCUGGUGCACUGACCUCCCCACCCUCAUUACACCUACAGGCUCCCACCUGUUCAACCCUUCAAGCCCCUCAGGGCUGUUCUUCUCCUCGUUGGGGUUCUCCCUCUCCAGCACCUCUCUCGCCCUCACUCCGAGUGCUGGUGCACUGACCUCCCCACCCUCAUUACACCUACAGGCUCCCACCUGUUCAACCCUUCAAGCCCCUCAGGGCUGCUCCCACCUGUUCAACCCUUCAAGCCCCUCAGGGCUGUUCUUCUCCUCGUUGGGGUUCUCCCUCUCCAGCACCUCUCUCGCCCUCACUCCGAGUGCUGGUGCACUGACCUCCCCACCCUCAUUACACCUACAGGCUCCCACCUGUUCAACCCUUCAAGCCCCUCAGGGCUGCUCCCACCUGUUCAACCCUUCAAGCCCCUCAGGGCUGUUCUUCUCCUCGUUGGGGUUCUCCCUCUCCAGCACCUCUCUCGCCCUCACUCCGAGUGCUGGUGCACUGACCUCCCCACCCUCAUUACACCUACAGGCUCCCACCUGUUCAACCCUUCAAGCCCCUCAGGGCUGCUCCCACCUGUUCAACCCUUCAAGCCCCUCAGGGCUGUUCUUCUCCUCGUUGGGGUUCUCCCUCUCCAGCACCUCUCUCGCCCUCACUCCGAGUGCUGGUGCACUGACCUCCCCACCCUCAUUACACCUACAGGCUCCCACCUGUUCAACCCUUCAAGCCCCUCAGGGCUGCUCCCACCUGUUCAACCCUUCAAGCCCCUCAGGGCUGUUCUUCUCCUCGUUGGGAUUCUCCCUCUCCAGCACCUCUCUCGCCCUCACUCCGAGUGCUGGUGCACUGACCUCCCCACCCUCAUUACACCUACAGGCUCCCACCUGUUCAACCCUUCAAGCCCCUCAGGGCUGCUCCCACCUGUUCAACCCUUCAAGCCCCUCAGGGCUGUUCUUCUCCUCGUUGGGAUUCUCCCUCUCCAGCACCUCUCUCGCCCUCACUCCGAGUGCUGGUGCACUGACCUCCCCACCCUCAUUACACCUACAGGCUCCCACCUGUUCAACCCUUCAAGCCCCUCAGGGCUGCUCCCACCUGUUCAACCCUUCAAGCCCCUCAGGGCUGUUCUUCUCCUCGUUGGGGUUCUCCCUCUCCAGCACCUCUCUCGCCCUCACUCCGAGUGCUGGUGCACUGACCUCCCCACCCUCAUUACACCUACAGGCUCCCACCUGUUCAACCCUUCAAGCCCCUCAGGGCUGCUCCCACCUGUUCAACCCUUCAAGCCCCUCAGGGCUGUUCUUCUCCUCGUUGGGGUUCUCCCUCUCCAGCACCUCUCUCGCCCUCACUCCGAGUGCUGGUGCACUGACCUCCCCACCCUCAUUACACCUACAGGCUCCCACCUGUUCAACCCUUCAAGCCCCUCAGGGCUGCUCCCACCUGUUCAACCCUUCAAGCCCCUCAGGGCUGUUCUUCUCCUCGUUGGGGUUCUCCCUCUCCAGCACCUCUCUCGCCCUCACUUCGAGUGCUGGUGCACUGACCUCCCCACCCUCAUUACACCUACAGGCUCCCACCUGUUCAACCCUUCAAGCCCCUCAGGGCUGCUCCCACCUGUUCAACCCUUCAAGCCCCUCAGGGCUGUUCUUCUCCUCGUUGGGGUUCUCCCUCUCCAGCACCUCUCUCGCCCUCACUUCGAGUGCUGGUGCACUGACCUCCCCACCCUCAUUACACCUACAGGCUCCCACCUGUUCAACCCUUCAAGCCCCUCAGGGCUGCUCCCACCUGUUCAACCCUUCAAGCCCCUCAGGGCUGUUCUUCUCCUCGUUGGGGUUCUCCCUCUCCAGCACCUCUCUCGCCCUCACUCCGAGUGCUGGUGCACUGACCUCCCCACCCUCAUUACACCUACAGGCUCCCACGUGUUCAACCCUUCAAGCCCCUCAGGGCUGCUCCCACCUGUUCAACCCUUCAAGCCCCUCAGGGCUGUUCUUCUCCUCGUUGGGGUUCUCCCUCUCCAGCACCUCUCUCGCCCUCACUUCGAGUGCUGGUGCACUGACCUCCCCACCCUCAUUACACCUACAGGCUCCCACCUGUUCAACCCUUCAAGCCCCUCAGGGCUGCUCCCACCUGUUCAACCCUUCAAGCCCCUCAGGGCUGUUCUUCUCCUCGUUGGGGUUCUCCCUCUCCAGCACCUCUCUCGCCCUCACUUCGAGUGCUGGUGCACUGACCUCCCCACCCUCAUUACACCUACAGGCUCCCACCUGUUCAACCCUUCAAGCCCCUCAGGGCUGCUCCCACCUGUUCAACCCUUCAAGCCCCUCAGGGCUGUUCUUCUCCUCGUUGGGGUUCUCCCUCUCCAGCACCUCUCUCGCCCUCACUCCGAGUGCUGGUGCACUGACCUCCCCACCCUCAUUACACCUACAGGCUCCCACCUGUUCAACCCUUCAAGCCCCUCAGGGCUGCUCCCACCUGUUCAACCCUUCAAGCCCCUCAGGGCUGUUCUUCUCCUCGUUGGGGUUCUCCCUCUCCAGCACCUCUCUCGCCCUCACUUCGAGUGCUGGUGCACUGACCUCCCCACCCUCAUUACACCUACAGGCUCCCACCUGUUCAACCCUUCAAGCCCCUCAGGGCUGCUCCCACCUGUUCAACCCUUCAAGCCCCUCAGGGCUGUUCUUCUCCUCGUUGGGGUUCUCCCUCUCCAGCACCUCUCUCGCCCUCACUUCGAGUGCUGGUGCACUGACCUCCCCACCCUCAUUACACCUACAGGCUCCCACCUGUUCAACCCUUCAAGCCCCUCAGGGCUGCUCCCACCUGUUCAACCCUUCAAGCCCCUCAGGGCUGUUCUUCUCCUCGUUGGGGUUCUCCCUCUCCAGCACCUCUCUCGCCCUCACUUCGAGUGCUGGUGCACUGACCUCCCCACCCUCAUUACACCUACAGGCUCCCACCUGUUCAACCCUUCAAGCCCCUCAGGGCUGCUCCCACCUGUUCAACCCUUCAAGCCCCUCAGGGCUGUUCUUCUCCUCGUUGGGGUUCUCCCUCUCCAGCACCUCUCUCGCCCUCACUUCGAGUGCUGGUGCACUGACCUCCCCACCCUCAUUACACCUACAGGCUCCCACCUGUUCAACCCUUCAAGCCCCUCAGGGCUGCUCCCACCUGUUCAACCCUUCAAGCCCCUCAGGGCUGUUCUUCUCCUCGUUGGGGUUCUCCCUCUCCAGCACCUCUCUCGCCCUCACUUCGAGUGCUGGUGCACUGACCUCCCCACCCUCAUUACACCUACAGGCUCCCACCUGUUCAACCCUUCAAGCCCCUCAGGGCUGCUCCCACCUGUUCAACCCUUCAAGCCCCUCAGGGCUGUUCUUCUCCUCGUUGGGGUUCUCCCUCUCCAGCACCUCUCUCGCCCUCACUUCGAGUGCUGGUGCACUGACCUCCCCACCCUCAUUACACCUACAGGCUCCCACCUGUUCAACCCUUCAAGCCCCUCAGGGCUGCUCCCACCUGUUCAACCCUUCAAGCCCCUCAGGGCUGUUCUUCUCCUCGUUGGGGUUCUCCCUCUCCAGCACCUCUCUCGCCCUCACUUCGAGUGCUGGUGCACUGACCUCCCCACCCUCAUUACACCUACAGGCUCCCACCUGUUCAACCCUUCAAGCCCCUCAGGGCUGCUCCCACCUGUUCAACCCUUCAAGCCCCUCAGGGCUGUUCUUCUCCUCGUUGGGGUUCUCCCUCUCCAGCACCUCUCUCGCCCUCACUUCGAGUGCUGGUGCACUGACCUCCCCACCCUCAUUACACCUACAGGCUCCCACCUGUUCAACCCUUCAAGCCCCUCAGGGCUGCUCCCACCUGUUCAACCCUUCAAGCCCCUCAGGGCUGUUCUUCUCCUCGUUGGGGUUCUCCCUCUCCAGCACCUCUCUCGCCCUCACUCCGAGUGCUGGUGCACUGACCUCCCCACCCUCAUUACACCUACAGGCUCCCACCUGUUCAACCCUUCAAGCCCCUCAGGGCUGCUCCCACCUGUUCAACCCUUCAAGCCCCUCAGGGCUGUUCUUCUCCUCGUUGGGGUUCUCCCUCUCCAGCACCUCUCUCGCCCUCACUUCGAGUGCUGGUGCACUGACCUCCCCACCCUCAUUACACCUACAGGCUCCCACCUGUUCAACCCUUCAAGCCCCUCAGGGCUGCUCCCACCUGUUCAACCCUUCAAGCCCCUCAGGGCUGUUCUUCUCCUCGUUGGGGUUCUCCCUCUCCAGCACCUCUCUCGCCCUCACUUCGAGUGCUGGUGCACUGACCUCCCCACCCUCAUUACACCUACAGGCUCCCACCUGUUCAACCCUUCAAGCCCCUCAGGGCUGCUCCCACCUGUUCAACCCUUCAAGCCCCUCAGGGCUGUUCUUCUCCUCGUUGGGGUUCUCCCUCUCCAGCACCUCUCUCGCCCUCACUCCGAGUGCUGGUGCACUGACCUCCCCACCCUCAUUACACCUACAGGCUCCCACCUGUUCAACCCUUCAAGCCCCUCAGGGCUGCUCCCACCUGUUCAACCCUUCAAGCCCCUCAGGGCUGUUCUUCUCCUCGUUGGGGUUCUCCCUCUCCAGCACCUCUCUCGCCCUCACUCCGAGUGCUGGUGCACUGACCUCCCCACCCUCAUUACACCUACAGGCUCCCACCUGUUCAACCCUUCAAGCCCCUCAGGGCUGCUCCCACCUGUUCAACCCUUCAAGCCCCUCAGGGCUGUUCUUCUCCUCGUUGGGGUUCUCCCUCUCCAGCACCUCUCUCGCCCUCACUUCGAGUGCUGGUGCACUGACCUCCCCACCCUCAUUACACCUACAGGCUCCCACCUGUUCAACCCUUCAAGCCCCUCAGGGCUGCUCCCACCUGUUCAACCCUUCAAGCCCCUCAGGGCUGUUCUUCUCCUCGUUGGGGUUCUCCCUCUCCAGCACCUCUCUCGCCCUCACUUCGAGUGCUGGUGCACUGACCUCCCCACCCUCAUUACACCUACAGGCUCCCACCUGUUCAACCCUUCAAGCCCCUCAGGGCUGCUCCCACCUGUUCAACCCUUCAAGCCCCUCAGGGCUGUUCUUCUCCUCGUUGGGGUUCUCCCUCUCCAGCACCUCUCUCGCCCUCACUCCGAGUGCUGGUGCACUGACCUCCCCACCCUCAUUACACCUACAGGCUCCCACCUGUUCAACCCUUCAAGCCCCUCAGGGCUGCUCCCACCUGUUCAACCCUUCAAGCCCCUCAGGGCUGUUCUUCUCCUCGUUGGGGUUCUCCCUCUCCAGCACCUCUCUCGCCCUCACUCCGAGUGCUGGUGCACUGACCUCCCCACCCUCAUUACACCUACAGGCUCCCACCUGUUCAACCCUUCAAGCCCCUCAGGGCUGCUCCCACCUGUUCAACCCUUCAAGCCCCUCAGGGCUGUUCUUCUCCUCGUUGGGGUUCUCCCUCUCCAGCACCUCUCUCGCCCUCACUCCGAGUGCUGGUGCACUGACCUCCCCACCCUCAUUACACCUACAGGCUCCCACCUGUUCAACCCUUCAAGCCCCUCAGGGCUGCUCCCACCUGUUCAACCCUUCAAGCCCCUCAGGGCUGUUCUUCUCCUCGUUGGGGUUCUCCCUCUCCAGCACCUCUCUCGCCCUCACUUCGAGUGCUGGUGCACUGACCUCCCCACCCUCAUUACACCUACAGGCUCCCACCUGUUCAACCCUUCAAGCCCCUCAGGGCUGCUCCCACCUGUUCAACCCUUCAAGCCCCUCAGGGCUGUUCUUCUCCUCGUUGGGGUUCUCCCUCUCCAGCACCUCUCUCGCCCUCACUCCGAGUGCUGGUGCACUGACCUCCCCACCCUCAUUACACCUACAGGCUCCCACCUGUUCAACCCUUCAAGCCCCUCAGGGCUGCUCCCACCUGUUCAACCCUUCAAGCCCCUCAGGGCUGUUCUUCUCCUCGUUGGGGUUCUCCCUCUCCAGCACCUCUCUCGCCCUCACUCCGAGUGCUGGUGCACUGACCUCCCCACCCUCAUUACACCUACAGGCUCCCACCUGUUCAACCCUUCAAGCCCCUCAGGGCUGCUCCCACCUGUUCAACCCUUCAAGCCCCUCAGGGCUGUUCUUCUCCUCGUUGGGGUUCUCCCUCUCCAGCACCUCUCUCGCCCUCACUUCGAGUGCUGGUGCACUGACCUCCCCACCCUCAUUACACCUACAGGCUCCCACCUGUUCAACCCUUCAAGCCCCUCAGGGCUGCUCCCACCUGUUCAACCCUUCAAGCCCCUCAGGGCUGUUCUUCUCCUCGUUGGGGUUCUCCCUCUCCAGCACCUCUCUCGCCCUCACUUCGAGUGCUGGUGCACUGACCUCCCCACCCUCAUUACACCUACAGGCUCCCACCUGUUCAACCCUUCAAGCCCCUCAGGGCUGCUCCCACCUGUUCAACCCUUCAAGCCCCUCAGGGCUGUUCUUCUCCUCGUUGGGGUUCUCCCUCUCCAGCACCUCUCUCGCCCUCACUUCGAGUGCUGGUGCACUGACCUCCCCACCCUCAUUACACCUACAGGCUCCCACCUGUUCAACCCUUCAAGCCCCUCAGGGCUGCUCCCACCUGUUCAACCCUUCAAGCCCCUCAGGGCUGUUCUUCUCCUCGUUGGGGUUCUCCCUCUCCAGCACCUCUCUCGCCCUCACUCCGAGUGCUGGUGCACUGACCUCCCCACCCUCAUUACACCUACAGGCUCCCACCUGUUCAACCCUUCAAGCCCCUCAGGGCUGCUCCCACCUGUUCAACCCUUCAAGCCCCUCAGGGCUGUUCUUCUCCUCGUUGGGGUUCUCCCUCUCCAGCACCUCUCUCGCCCUCACUUCGAGUGCUGGUGCACUGACCUCCCCACCCUCAUUACACCUACAGGCUCCCACCUGUUCAACCCUUCAAGCCCCUCAGGGCUGCUCCCACCUGUUCAACCCUUCAAGCCCCUCAGGGCUGUUCUUCUCCUCGUUGGGGUUCUCCCUCUCCAGCACCUCUCUCGCCCUCACUUCGAGUGCUGGUGCACUGACCUCCCCACCCUCAUUACACCUACAGGCUCCCACCUGUUCAACCCUUCAAGCCCCUCAGGGCUGCUCCCACCUGUUCAACCCUUCAAGCCCCUCAGGGCUGUUCUUCUCCUCGUUGGGGUUCUCCCUCUCCAGCACCUCUCUCGCCCUCACUCCGAGUGCUGGUGCACUGACCUCCCCACCCUCAUUACACCUACAGGCUCCCACCUGUUCAACCCUUCAAGCCCCUCAGGGCUGCUCCCACCUGUUCAACCCUUCAAGCCCCUCAGGGCUGUUCUUCUCCUCGUUGGGGUUCUCCCUCUCCAGCACCUCUCUCGCCCUCACUCCGAGUGCUGGUGCACUGACCUCCCCACCCUCAUUACACCUACAGGCUCCCACCUGUUCAACCCUUCAAGCCCCUCAGGGCUGCUCCCACCUGUUCAACCCUUCAAGCCCCUCAGGGCUGUUCUUCUCCUCGUUGGGGUUCUCCCUCUCCAGCACCUCUCUCGCCCUCACUCCGAGUGCUGGUGCACUGACCUCCCCACCCUCAUUACACCUACAGGCUCCCACCUGUUCAACCCUUCAAGCCCCUCAGGGCUGCUCCCACCUGUUCAACCCUUCAAGCCCCUCAGGGCUGUUCUUCUCCUCGUUGGGGUUCUCCCUCUCCAGCACCUCUCUCGCCCUCACUCCGAGUGCUGGUGCACUGACCUCCCCACCCUCAUUACACCUACAGGCUCCCACCUGUUCAACCCUUCAAGCCCCUCAGGGCUGCUCCCACCUGUUCAACCCUUCAAGCCCCUCAGGGCUGUUCUUCUCCUCGUUGGGGUUCUCCCUCUCCAGCACCUCUCUCGCCCUCACUCCGAGUGCUGGUGCACUGACCUCCCCACCCUCAUUACACCUACAGGCUCCCACCUGUUCAACCCUUCAAGCCCCUCAGGGCUGCUCCCACCUGUUCAACCCUUCAAGCCCCUCAGGGCUGUUCUUCUCCUCGUUGGGGUUCUCCCUCUCCAGCACCUCUCUCGCCCUCACUCCGAGUGCUGGUGCACUGACCUCCCCACCCUCAUUACACCUACAGGCUCCCACCUGUUCAACCCUUCAAGCCCCUCAGGGCUGCUCCCACCUGUUCAACCCUUCAAGCCCCUCAGGGCUGUUCUUCUCCUCGUUGGGGUUCUCCCUCUCCAGCACCUCUCUCGCCCUCACUCCGAGUGCUGGUGCACUGACCUCCCCACCCUCAUUACACCUACAGGCUCCCACCUGUUCAACCCUUCAAGCCCCUCAGGGCUGCUCCCACCUGUUCAACCCUUCAAGCCCCUCAGGGCUGUUCUUCUCCUCGUUGGGGUUCUCCCUCUCCAGCACCUCUCUCGCCCUCACUCCGAGUGCUGGUGCACUGACCUCCCCACCCUCAUUACACCUACAGGCUCCCACCUGUUCAACCCUUCAAGCCCCUCAGGGCUGCUCCCACCUGUUCAACCCUUCAAGCCCCUCAGGGCUGUUCUUCUCCUCGUUGGGGUUCUCCCUCUCCAGCACCUCUCUCGCCCUCACUCCGAGUGCUGGUGCACUGACCUCCCCACCCUCAUUACACCUACAGGCUCCCACCUGUUCAACCCUUCAAGCCCCUCAGGGCUGCUCCCACCUGUUCAACCCUUCAAGCCCCUCAGGGCUGUUCUUCUCCUCGUUGGGGUUCUCCCUCUCCAGCACCUCUCUCGCCCUCACUCCGAGUGCUGGUGCACUGACCUCCCCACCCUCAUUACACCUACAGGCUCCCACCUGUUCAACCCUUCAAGCCCCUCAGGGCUGCUCCCACCUGUUCAACCCUUCAAGCCCCUCAGGGCUGUUCUUCUCCUCGUUGGGGUUCUCCCUCUCCAGCACCUCUCUCGCCCUCACUCCGAGUGCUGGUGCACUGACCUCCCCACCCUCAUUACACCUACAGGCUCCCACCUGUUCAACCCUUCAAGCCCCUCAGGGCUGCUCCCACCUGUUCAACCCUUCAAGCCCCUCAGGGCUGUUCUUCUCCUCGUUGGGGUUCUCCCUCUCCAGCACCUCUCUCGCCCUCACUCCGAGUGCUGGUGCACUGACCUCCCCACCCUCAUUACACCUACAGGCUCCCACCUGUUCAACCCUUCAAGCCCCUCAGGGCUGCUCCCACCUGUUCAACCCUUCAAGCCCCUCAGGGCUGUUCUUCUCCUCGUUGGGGUUCUCCCUCUCCAGCACCUCUCUCGCCCUCACUCCGAGUGCUGGUGCACUGACCUCCCCACCCUCAUUACACCUACAGGCUCCCACCUGUUCAACCCUUCAAGCCCCUCAGGGCUGCUCCCACCUGUUCAACCCUUCAAGCCCCUCAGGGCUGUUCUUCUCCUCGUUGGGGUUCUCCCUCUCCAGCACCUCUCUCGCCCUCACUCCGAGUGCUGGUGCACUGACCUCCCCACCCUCAUUACACCUACAGGCUCCCACCUGUUCAACCCUUCAAGCCCCUCAGGGCUGCUCCCACCUGUUCAACCCUUCAAGCCCCUCAGGGCUGUUCUUCUCCUCGUUGGGGUUCUCCCUCUCCAGCACCUCUCUCGCCCUCACUCCGAGUGCUGGUGCACUGACCUCCCCACCCUCAUUACACCUACAGGCUCCCACCUGUUCAACCCUUCAAGCCCCUCAGGGCUGCUCCCACCUGUUCAACCCUUCAAGCCCCUCAGGGCUGUUCUUCUCCUCGUUGGGGUUCUCCCUCUCCAGCACCUCUCUCGCCCUCACUCCGAGUGCUGGUGCACUGACCUCCCCACCCUCAUUACACCUACAGGCUCCCACCUGUUCAACCCUUCAAGCCCCUCAGGGCUGCUCCCACCUGUUCAACCCUUCAAGCCCCUCAGGGCUGUUCUUCUCCUCGUUGGGGUUCUCCCUCUCCAGCACCUCUCUCGCCCUCACUCCGAGUGCUGGUGCACUGACCUCCCCACCCUCAUUACACCUACAGGCUCCCACCUGUUCAACCCUUCAAGCCCCUCAGGGCUGCUCCCACCUGUUCAACCCUUCAAGCCCCUCAGGGCUGUUCUUCUCCUCGUUGGGGUUCUCCCUCUCCAGCACCUCUCUCGCCCUCACUCCGAGUGCUGGUGCACUGACCUCCCCACCCUCAUUACACCUACAGGCUCCCACCUGUUCAACCCUUCAAGCCCCUCAGGGCUGCUCCCACCUGUUCAACCCUUCAAGCCCCUCAGGGCUGUUCUUCUCCUCGUUGGGGUUCUCCCUCUCCAGCACCUCUCUCGCCCUCACUCCGAGUGCUGGUGCACUGACCUCCCCACCCUCAUUACACCUACAGGCUCCCACCUGUUCAACCCUUCAAGCCCCUCAGGGCUGCUCCCACCUGUUCAACCCUUCAAGCCCCUCAGGGCUGUUCUUCUCCUCGUUGGGGUUCUCCCUCUCCAGCACCUCUCUCGCCCUCACUCCGAGUGCUGGUGCACUGACCUCCCCACCCUCAUUACACCUACAGGCUCCCACCUGUUCAACCCUUCAAGCCCCUCAGGGCUGCUCCCACCUGUUCAACCCUUCAAGCCCCUCAGGGCUGUUCUUCUCCUCGUUGGGGUUCUCCCUCUCCAGCACCUCUCUCGCCCUCACUCCGAGUGCUGGUGCACUGACCUCCCCACCCUCAUUACACCUACAGGCUCCCACCUGUUCAACCCUUCAAGCCCCUCAGGGCUGCUCCCACCUGUUCAACCCUUCAAGCCCCUCAGGGCUGUUCUUCUCCUCGUUGGGGUUCUCCCUCUCCAGCACCUCUCUCGCCCUCACUCCGAGUGCUGGUGCACUGACCUCCCCACCCUCAUUACACCUACAGGCUCCCACCUGUUCAACCCUUCAAGCCCCUCAGGGCUGCUCCCACCUGUUCAACCCUUCAAGCCCCUCAGGGCUGUUCUUCUCCUCGUUGGGGUUCUCCCUCUCCAGCACCUCUCUCGCCCUCACUCCGAGUGCUGGUGCACUGACCUCCCCACCCUCAUUACACCUACAGGCUCCCACCUGUUCAACCCUUCAAGCCCCUCAGGGCUGCUCCCACCUGUUCAACCCUUCAAGCCCCUCAGGGCUGUUCUUCUCCUCGUUGGGGUUCUCCCUCUCCAGCACCUCUCUCGCCCUCACUCCGAGUGCUGGUGCACUGACCUCCCCACCCUCAUUACACCUACAGGCUCCCACCUGUUCAACCCUUCAAGCCCCUCAGGGCUGCUCCCACCUGUUCAACCCUUCAAGCCCCUCAGGGCUGUUCUUCUCCUCGUUGGGGUUCUCCCUCUCCAGCACCUCUCUCGCCCUCACUCCGAGUGCUGGUGCACUGACCUCCCCACCCUCAUUACACCUACAGGCUCCCACCUGUUCAACCCUUCAAGCCCCUCAGGGCUGCUCCCACCUGUUCAACCCUUCAAGCCCCUCAGGGCUGUUCUUCUCCUCGUUGGGGUUCUCCCUCUCCAGCACCUCUCUCGCCCUCACUCCGAGUGCUGGUGCACUGACCUCCCCACCCUCAUUACACCUACAGGCUCCCACCUGUUCAACCCUUCAAGCCCCUCAGGGCUGCUCCCACCUGUUCAACCCUUCAAGCCCCUCAGGGCUGUUCUUCUCCUCGUUGGGGUUCUCCCUCUCCAGCACCUCUCUCGCCCUCACUCCGAGUGCUGGUGCACUGACCUCCCCACCCUCAUUACACCUACAGGCUCCCACCUGUUCAACCCUUCAAGCCCCUCAGGGCUGCUCCCACCUGUUCAACCCUUCAAGCCCCUCAGGGCUGUUCUUCUCCUCGUUGGGGUUCUCCCUCUCCAGCACCUCUCUCGCCCUCACUCCGAGUGCUGGUGCACUGACCUCCCCACCCUCAUUACACCUACAGGCUCCCACCUGUUCAACCCUUCAAGCCCCUCAGGGCUGCUCCCACCUGUUCAACCCUUCAAGCCCCUCAGGGCUGUUCUUCUCCUCGUUGGGGUUCUCCCUCUCCAGCACCUCUCUCGCCCUCACUUCGAGUGCUGGUGCACUGACCUCCCCACCCUCAUUACACCUACAGGCUCCCACCUGUUCAACCCUUCAAGCCCCUCAGGGCUGCUCCCACCUGUUCAACCCUUCAAGCCCCUCAGGGCUGUUCUUCUCCUCGUUGGGGUUCUCCCUCUCCAGCACCUCUCUCGCCCUCACUUCCGAGUGCUGGUGCACUGACCUCCCCACCCUCAUUACACCUACAGGCUCCCACCUGUUCAACCCUUCAAGCCCCUCAGGGCUGUUCUUCUCCUCGUUGGGGUUCUCCCUCUCCAGCACCUCUCUCGCCCUCACUCCGAGUGCUGGUGCACUGACCUCCCCACCCUCAUUACACCUACAGGCUCCCACCUGUUCAACCCUUCAAGCCCCUCAGGGCUGCUCCCACCUGUUCAACCCUUCAAGCCCCUCAGGGCUGUUCUUCUCCUCGUUGGGGUUCUCCCUCUCCAGCACCUCUCUCGCCCUCACUCCGAGUGCUGGUGCACUGACCUCCCCACCCUCAUUACACCUACAGGCUCCCACCUGUUCAACCCUUCAAGCCCCUCAGGGCUGCUCCCACCUGUUCAACCCUUCAAGCCCCUCAGGGCUGUUCUUCUCCUCGUUGGGGUUCUCCCUCUCCAGCACCUCUCUCGCCCUCACUCCGAGUGCUGGUGCACUGACCUCCCCACCCUCAUUACACCUACAGGCUCCCACCUGUUCAACCCUUCAAGCCCCUCAGGGCUGCUCCCACCUGUUCAACCCUUCAAGCCCCUCAGGGCUGUUCUUCUCCUCGUUGGGGUUCUCCCUCUCCAGCACCUCUCUCGCCCUCACUCCGAGUGCUGGUGCACUGACCUCCCCACCCUCAUUACACCUACAGGCUCCCACCUGUUCAACCCUUCAAGCCCCUCAGGGCUGCUCCCACCUGUUCAACCCUUCAAGCCCCUCAGGGCUGUUCUUCUCCUCGUUGGGGUUCUCCCUCUCCAGCACCUCUCUCGCCCUCACUCCGAGUGCUGGUGCACUGACCUCCCCACCCUCAUUACACCUACAGGCUCCCACCUGUUCAACCCUUCAAGCCCCUCAGGGCUGCUCCCACCUGUUCAACCCUUCAAGCCCCUCAGGGCUGUUCUUCUCCUCGUUGGGGUUCUCCCUCUCCAGCACCUCUCUCGCCCUCACUUCGAGUGCUGGUGCACUGACCUCCCCACCCUCAUUACACCUACAGGCUCCCACCUGUUCAACCCUUCAAGCCCCUCAGGGCUGCUCCCACCUGUUCAACCCUUCAAGCCCCUCAGGGCUGUUCUUCUCCUCGUUGGGGUUCUCCCUCUCCAGCACCUCUCUCGCCCUCACUCCGAGUGCUGGUGCACUGACCUCCCCACCCUCAUUACACCUACAGGCUCCCACCUGUUCAACCCUUCAAGCCCCUCAGGGCUGCUCCCACCUGUUCAACCCUUCAAGCCCCUCAGGGCUGUUCUUCUCCUCGUUGGGGUUCUCCCUCUCCAGCACCUCUCUCGCCCUCACUCCGAGUGCUGGUGCACUGACCUCCCCACCCUCAUUACACCUACAGGCUCCCACCUGUUCAACCCUUCAAGCCCCUCAGGGCUGCUCCCACCUGUUCAACCCUUCAAGCCCCUCAGGGCUGUUCUUCUCCUCGUUGGGGUUCUCCCUCUCCAGCACCUCUCUCGCCCUCACUCCGAGUGCUGGUGCACUGACCUCCCCACCCUCAUUACACCUACAGGCUCCCACCUGUUCAACCCUUCAAGCCCCUCAGGGCUGCUCCCACCUGUUCAACCCUUCAAGCCCCUCAGGGCUGUUCUUCUCCUCGUUGGGGUUCUCCCUCUCCAGCACCUCUCUCGCCCUCACUCCGAGUGCUGGUGCACUGACCUCCCCACCCUCAUUACACCUACAGGCUCCCACCUGUUCAACCCUUCAAGCCCCUCAGGGCUGCUCCCACCUGUUCAACCCUUCAAGCCCCUCAGGGCUGUUCUUCUCCUCGUUGGGGUUCUCCCUCUCCAGCACCUCUCUCGCCCUCACUCCGAGUGCUGGUGCACUGACCUCCCCACCCUCAUUACACCUACAGGCUCCCACCUGUUCAACCCUUCAAGCCCCUCAGGGCUGCUCCCACCUGUUCAACCCUUCAAGCCCCUCAGGGCUGUUCUUCUCCUCGUUGGGGUUCUCCCUCUCCAGCACCUCUCUCGCCCUCACUCCGAGUGCUGGUGCACUGACCUCCCCACCCUCAUUACACCUACAGGCUCCCACCUGUUCAACCCUUCAAGCCCCUCAGGGCUGCUCCCACCUGUUCAACCCUUCAAGCCCCUCAGGGCUGUUCUUCUCCUCGUUGGGGUUCUCCCUCUCCAGCACCUCUCUCGCCCUCACUCCGAGUGCUGGUGCACUGACCUCCCCACCCUCAUUACACCUACAGGCUCCCACCUGUUCAACCCUUCAAGCCCCUCAGGGCUGCUCCCACCUGUUCAACCCUUCAAGCCCCUCAGGGCUGUUCUUCUCCUCGUUGGGGUUCUCCCUCUCCAGCACCUCUCUCGCCCUCACUUCGAGUGCUGGUGCACUGACCUCCCCACCCUCAUUACACCUACAGGCUCCCACCUGUUCAACCCUUCAAGCCCCUCAGGGCUGCUCCCACCUGUUCAACCCUUCAAGCCCCUCAGGGCUGUUCUUCUCCUCGUUGGGGUUCUCCCUCUCCAGCACCUCUCUCGCCCUCACUUCCGAGUGCUGGUGCACUGACCUCCCCACCCUCAUUACACCUACAGGCUCCCACCUGUUCAACCCUUCAAGCCCCUCAGGGCUGUUCUUCUCCUCGUUGGGGUUCUCCCUCUCCAGCACCUCUCUCGCCCUCACUCCGAGUGCUGGUGCACUGACCUCCCCACCCUCAUUACACCUACAGGCUCCCACCUGUUCAACCCUUCAAGCCCCUCAGGGCUGCUCCCACCUGUUCAACCCUUCAAGCCCCUCAGGGCUGUUCUUCUCCUCGUUGGGGUUCUCCCUCUCCAGCACCUCUCUCGCCCUCACUCCGAGUGCUGGUGCACUGACCUCCCCACCCUCAUUACACCUACAGGCUCCCACCUGUUCAACCCUUCAAGCCCCUCAGGGCUGUUCUUCUCCUCGUUGGGGUUCUCCCUCUCCAGCACCUCUCUCGCCCUCACUUCCGAGUGCUGGUGCACUGACCUCCCCACCCUCAUUACACCUACAGGCUCCCACCUGUUCAACCCUUCAAGCCCCUCAGGGCUGCUCCCACCUGUUCAACCCUUCAAGCCCCUCAGGGCUGUUCUUCUCCUCGUUGGGGUUCUCCCUCUCCAGCACCUCUCUCGCCCUCACUCCGAGUGCUGGUGCACUGACCUCCCCACCCUCAUUACACCUACAGGCUCCCACCUGUUCAACCCUUCAAGCCCCUCAGGGCUGCUCCCACCUGUUCAACCCUUCAAGCCCCUCAGGGCUGUUCUUCUCCUCGUUGGGGUUCUCCCUCUCCAGCACCUCUCUCGCCCUCACUCCGAGUGCUGGUGCACUGACCUCCCCACCCUCAUUACACCUACAGGCUCCCACCUGUUCAACCCUUCAAGCCCCUCAGGGCUGCUCCCACCUGUUCAACCCUUCAAGCCCCUCAGGGCUGUUCUUCUCCUCGUUGGGGUUCUCCCUCUCCAGCACCUCUCUCGCCCUCACUUCCGAGUGCUGGUGCACUGACCUCCCCACCCUCAUUACACCUACAGGCUCCCACCUGUUCAACCCUUCAAGCCCCUCAGGGCUGUUCUUCUCCUCGUUGGGGUUCUCCCUCUCCAGCACCUCUCUCGCCCUCACUCCGAGUGCUGGUGCACUGACCUCCCCACCCUCAUUACACCUACAGGCUCCCACCUGUUCAACCCUUCAAGCCCCUCAGGGCUGUUCUUCUCCUCGUUGGGGUUCUCCCUCUCCAGCACCUCUCUCGCCCUCACUUCCGAGUGCUGGUGCACUGACCUCCCCACCCUCAUUACACCUACAGGCUCCCACCUGUUCAACCCUUCAAGCCCCUCAGGGCUGCUCCCACCUGUUCAACCCUUCAAGCCCCUCAGGGCUGUUCUUCUCCUCGUUGGGGUUCUCCCUCUCCAGCACCUCUCUCGCCCUCACUUCGAGUGCUGGUGCACUGACCUCCCCACCCUCAUUACACCUACAGGCUCCCACCUGUUCAACCCUUCAAGCCCCUCAGGGCUGCUCCCACCUGUUCAACCCUUCAAGCCCCUCAGGGCUGUUCUUCUCCUCGUUGGGGUUCUCCCUCUCCAGCACCUCUCUCGCCCUCACUUCCGAGUGCUGGUGCACUGACCUCCCCACCCUCAUUACACCUACAGGCUCCCACCUGUUCAACCCUUCAAGCCCCUCAGGGCUGUUCUUCUCCUCGUUGGGGUUCUCCCUCUCCAGCACCUCUCUCGCCCUCACUUCCGAGUGCUGGUGCACUGACCUCCCCACCCUCAUUACACCUACAGGCUCCCACCUGUUCAACCCUUCAAGCCCCUCAGGGCUGUUCUUCUCCUCGUUGGGGUUCUCCCUCUCCAGCACCUCUCUCGCCCUCACUUCGAGUGCUGGUGCACUGACCUCCCCACCCUCAUUACACCUACAGGCUCCCACCUGUUCAACCCUUCAAGCCCCUCAGGGCUGUUCUUCUCCUCGUUGGGGUUCUCCCUCUCCAGCACCUCUCUCGCCCUCACUUCCGAGUGCUGGUGCACUGACCUCCCCACCCUCAUUACACCUACAGGCUCCCACCUGUUCAACCCUUCAAGCCCCUCAGGGCUGCUCCCACCUGUUCAACCCUUCAAGCCCCUCAGGGCUGUUCUUCUCCUCGUUGGGGUUCUCCCUCUCCAGCACCUCUCUCGCCCUCACUUCGAGUGCUGGUGCACUGACCUCCCCACCCUCAUUACACCUACAGGCUCCCACCUGUUCAACCCUUCAAGCCCCUCAGGGCUGCUCCCACCUGUUCAACCCUUCAAGCCCCUCAGGGCUGUUCUUCUCCUCGUUGGGGUUCUCCCUCUCCAGCACCUCUCUCGCCCUCACUUCCGAGUGCUGGUGCACUGACCUCCCCACCCUCAUUACACCUACAGGCUCCCACCUGUUCAACCCUUCAAGCCCCUCAGGGCUGUUCUUCUCCUCGUUGGGGUUCUCCCUCUCCAGCACCUCUCUCGCCCUCACUUCGAGUGCUGGUGCACUGACCUCCCCACCCUCAUUACACCUACAGGCUCCCACCUGUUCAACCCUUCAAGCCCCUCAGGGCUGCUCCCACCUGUUCAACCCUUCAAGCCCCUCAGGGCUGUUCUUCUCCUCGUUGGGGUUCUCCCUCUCCAGCACCUCUCUCGCCCUCACUUCGAGUGCUGGUGCACUGACCUCCCCACCCUCAUUACACCUACAGGCUCCCACCUGUUCAACCCUUCAAGCCCCUCAGGGCUGCUCCCACCUGUUCAACCCUUCAAGCCCCUCAGGGCUGUUCUUCUCCUCGUUGGGGUUCUCCCUCUCCAGCACCUCUCUCGCCCUCACUUCCGAGUGCUGGUGCACUGACCUCCCCACCCUCAUUACACCUACAGGCUCCCACCUGUUCAACCCUUCAAGCCCCUCAGGGCUGUUCUUCUCCUCGUUGGGGUUCUCCCUCUCCAGCACCUCUCUCGCCCUCACUUCGAGUGCUGGUGCACUGACCUCCCCACCCUCAUUACACCUACAGGCUCCCACCUGUUCAACCCUUCAAGCCCCUCAGGGCUGCUCCCACCUGUUCAACCCUUCAAGCCCCUCAGGGCUGUUCUUCUCCUCGUUGGGGUUCUCCCUCUCCAGCACCUCUCUCGCCCUCACUUCGAGUGCUGGUGCACUGACCUCCCCACCCUCAUUACACCUACAGGCUCCCACCUGUUCAACCCUUCAAGCCCCUCAGGGCUGCUCCCACCUGUUCAACCCUUCAAGCCCCUCAGGGCUGUUCUUCUCCUCGUUGGGGUUCUCCCUCUCCAGCACCUCUCUCGCCCUCACUUCGAGUGCUGGUGCACUGACCUCCCCACCCUCAUUACACCUACAGGCUCCCACCUGUUCAACCCUUCAAGCCCCUCAGGGCUGCUCCCACCUGUUCAACCCUUCAAGCCCCUCAGGGCUGUUCUUCUCCUCGUUGGGGUUCUCCCUCUCCAGCACCUCUCUCGCCCUCACUUCCGAGUGCUGGUGCACUGACCUCCCCACCCUCAUUACACCUACAGGCUCCCACCUGUUCAACCCUUCAAGCCCCUCAGGGCUGUUCUUCUCCUCGUUGGGGUUCUCCCUCUCCAGCACCUCUCUCGCCCUCACUUCGAGUGCUGGUGCACUGACCUCCCCACCCUCAUUACACCUACAGGCUCCCACCUGUUCAACCCUUCAAGCCCCUCAGGGCUGCUCCCACCUGUUCAACCCUUCAAGCCCCUCAGGGCUGUUCUUCUCCUCGUUGGGGUUCUCCCUCUCCAGCACCUCUCUCGCCCUCACUUCGAGUGCUGGUGCACUGACCUCCCCACCCUCAUUACACCUACAGGCUCCCACCUGUUCAACCCUUCAAGCCCCUCAGGGCUGCUCCCACCUGUUCAACCCUUCAAGCCCCUCAGGGCUGUUCUUCUCCUCGUUGGGGUUCUCCCUCUCCAGCACCUCUCUCGCCCUCACUUCGAGUGCUGGUGCACUGACCUCCCCACCCUCAUUACACCUACAGGCUCCCACCUGUUCAACCCUUCAAGCCCCUCAGGGCUGCUCCCACCUGUUCAACCCUUCAAGCCCCUCAGGGCUGUUCUUCUCCUCGUUGGGGUUCUCCCUCUCCAGCACCUCUCUCGCCCUCACUUCGAGUGCUGGUGCACUGACCUCCCCACCCUCAUUACACCUACAGGCUCCCACCUGUUCAACCCUUCAAGCCCCUCAGGGCUGCUCCCACCUGUUCAACCCUUCAAGCCCCUCAGGGCUGUUCUUCUCCUCGUUGGGGUUCUCCCUCUCCAGCACCUCUCUCGCCCUCACUUCGAGUGCUGGUGCACUGACCUCCCCACCCUCAUUACACCUACAGGCUCCCACCUGUUCAACCCUUCAAGCCCCUCAGGGCUGCUCCCACCUGUUCAACCCUUCAAGCCCCUCAGGGCUGUUCUUCUCCUCGUUGGGGUUCUCCCUCUCCAGCACCUCUCUCGCCCUCACUUCGAGUGCUGGUGCACUGACCUCCCCACCCUCAUUACACCUACAGGCUCCCACCUGUUCAACCCUUCAAGCCCCUCAGGGCUGCUCCCACCUGUUCAACCCUUCAAGCCCCUCAGGGCUGUUCUUCUCCUCGUUGGGGUUCUCCCUCUCCAGCACCUCUCUCGCCCUCACUUCGAGUGCUGGUGCACUGACCUCCCCACCCUCAUUACACCUACAGGCUCCCACCUGUUCAACCCUUCAAGCCCCUCAGGGCUGCUCCCACCUGUUCAACCCUUCAAGCCCCUCAGGGCUGUUCUUCUCCUCGUUGGGGUUCUCCCUCUCCAGCACCUCUCUCGCCCUCACUUCGAGUGCUGGUGCACUGACCUCCCCACCCUCAUUACACCUACAGGCUCCCACCUGUUCAACCCUUCAAGCCCCUCAGGGCUGCUCCCACCUGUUCAACCCUUCAAGCCCCUCAGGGCUGUUCUUCUCCUCGUUGGGGUUCUCCCUCUCCAGCACCUCUCUCGCCCUCACUUCGAGUGCUGGUGCACUGACCUCCCCACCCUCAUUACACCUACAGGCUCCCACCUGUUCAACCCUUCAAGCCCCUCAGGGCUGCUCCCACCUGUUCAACCCUUCAAGCCCCUCAGGGCUGUUCUUCUCCUCGUUGGGGUUCUCCCUCUCCAGCACCUCUCUCGCCCUCACUUCGAGUGCUGGUGCACUGACCUCCCCACCCUCAUUACACCUACAGGCUCCCACCUGUUCAACCCUUCAAGCCCCUCAGGGCUGCUCCCACCUGUUCAACCCUUCAAGCCCCUCAGGGCUGUUCUUCUCCUCGUUGGGGUUCUCCCUCUCCAGCACCUCUCUCGCCCUCACUUCGAGUGCUGGUGCACUGACCUCCCCACCCUCAUUACACCUACAGGCUCCCACCUGUUCAACCCUUCAAGCCCCUCAGGGCUGCUCCCACCUGUUCAACCCUUCAAGCCCCUCAGGGCUGUUCUUCUCCUCGUUGGGGUUCUCCCUCUCCAGCACCUCUCUCGCCCUCACUUCGAGUGCUGGUGCACUGACCUCCCCACCCUCAUUACACCUACAGGCUCCCACCUGUUCAACCCUUCAAGCCCCUCAGGGCUGCUCCCACCUGUUCAACCCUUCAAGCCCCUCAGGGCUGUUCUUCUCCUCGUUGGGGUUCUCCCUCUCCAGCACCUCUCUCGCCCUCACUUCGAGUGCUGGUGCACUGACCUCCCCACCCUCAUUACACCUACAGGCUCCCACCUGUUCAACCCUUCAAGCCCCUCAGGGCU